AUGAACCGCGACAGCGACGGGGCUGACCACGGCCCGCAAGACUACAAUAGCGUCUACCAACUCCAGGAUAUUCCCAUAGACUCAUCGCACGGAUAUGACACACAGACUCAUCUUCCAACCCAUGAGCAAGCACCACCUGAGAGUCCAUACCCGCCGGGAGGUAGUGUGCUAGUAGGGUACACGCCAGAACGUCGCCCUAGAAGCGCUGCCUCAGGUUUCAGCUUCGAUGACGACCCGACUCCUCCUCUCCCCCUCGGCCACCAGCCAGACUAUCUUCCUCGGCCCGAAUCCGCCUUUGGUUUCGACCACUACCAGUAUGGCUAUGGUCGGCCCGUGUCGACCUACAGCGACCCUGAGGAGAGUUGGGCAGACAGGCAGCAGCAGCCUGUCGUGGACUCUGGUCUAAGACGGCGUGACACUCGCAAGAUCAAGCUGGUCCAGGGUUCCGUUCUGAGCAUUGACUAUCCCGUUCCUAGUGCCGUCAAAAAUGCCGUUGAGCCUCGAUACCGUGACGUUGAAGGUGCCGAGCAGGAGUUCAUGAUGAUGCGAUACACAGCUGCGACCUGCGACCCCAACGACUUUACGCUCAAGAACGGGUACGAUUUGCGCCCUCGCAUGUACAAUCGCCAAACCGAGCUUCUCAUCACCAUCACCUACUACAACGAAGACAAGGUGCUCCUUGCCCGUACCCUCCACGGUGUGAUGCAGAACAUUCGAGACAUUACAAAUCUCAAGAAGUCUAAGUUUUGGAACAAGGGUGGUCCAGCAUGGCAGAAGAUCGUCGUUUGUUUGGUUUUCGAUGGUAUUGACAAGGCCGACAAGAACGUCCUCGACGUGCUUGCAACAAUUGGUAUUUACCAGGAUGGUGUGGUCAAGAAAGACGUCCAGGGCAAGGAGACAGUUGCCCACAUCUUCGAGUACACCAGUCAGCUCUCUAUUACUUCCGAUCAGCAGCUCAUUCGACCUUCGGCAGAGGGAAAGGUAUCUCACAACCUCCCGCCUGCGCAAUUCAUCUUCUGUCUGAAGCAGAAGAACACCAAGAAGAUCAACUCGCAUCGUUGGGUGUUUAAUGCAUUCGGUCGUAUUUUGAACCCAGAAGUCACGAUCUUAAUUGAUAGCGGAACGAAGCCUAGCCCAGGGUCCCUGCUUUCACUCUGGGAGGGAUUUUACAAUGAUAAGGAACUUGGUGGCGCUUGCGGUGAAAUCCACGCCAUGUUGGGCAAGAACGGUAUCAAGCUUCUCAAUCCGCUUGUUGCUGUGCAGAACUACGAGUAUAAGAUCUCUAAUAUUCUUGAUAAACCACUGGAAAGCACCUUUGGUUAUGUUACUGUCUUGCCAGGUGCCUUUUCUGCUUACCGAUUCCGUGCUAUUAUGGGACGACCUCUAGAGCAGUAUUUCCACGGUGAUCACACGCUCUCGAGGCGUCUGGGCAAGAAGGGAAUUGAUAGCAUGAAUAUCUUCAAGAAAAACAUGUUCUUGGCUGAGGAUCGUAUCCUGUGUUUCGAGUUGGUCGCCAAGGCUGGUCAAAAGUGGCAUCUGAGCUACAUCAAGGCUGCCAAGGGCGAGACUGAUGUCCCUGAAGGCGCCCCGGAAUUUCUGAGUCAACGUCGUCGAUGGCUGAACGGUUCUUUCGCCGCGUCUCUGUAUUCACUCAUGCAUUUCGGUCGUAUCUAUCGUUCCGGCCAUAGCAUUAUCCGCAUGUUCUUCCUGCAUAUCCAACUCAUUUACAGUUCUCUCAACGUCAUCUUCUCUUGGUUCUCUCUCGCCUCCUAUUACCUUACGACAUUUAUUAUUAUGGACCUGGUCGGUAGCCCAUCGAUUCUUCAGGGUUAUCAUGGGUGGCCCUUCGGUGAUACGGCAACUCCGAUUCUCAAUGUCCUGAUCCUCUAUCUGUACAUUGUGUUCCUGCUCAUUCAGUUUAUUCUUGCGCUAGGUAAUCGACCCAAGGGCUCACGGUUCACAUAUGUGGCCUCGUUCUUUGUCUUUGGCCUCAUUCAGUUAUAUAUUCAUAUUCUGUCCUUCUAUCUAGUGUAUCGUGCUUUGCGCGAACCACUCAGUAACUCGAUCGAUACAUCUUCCGGUAUUGCGUUUUUCCAAAGCUUCUUCAGUCAAGAGGGUAUUGCCGGAGUCAUUUUGCUCGCCCUCAUCACCAUCUUCGGUCUCAACUACCUCGCGUCGUUCCUCUACCUGGAUCCCUGGCAUAUGUUCCACUCUUUCCCCUACUAUUUUGUGCUUAUGUCAACGUACAUCAACAUUCUCAUGGUCUACGCCUUCAACAACUGGCAUGAUGUGUCGUGGGGAACAAAGGGUUCCGACAAGGCCGACAAGCUCCCCUCAGCAGAGGUUAAGAAGGAUAACGGUGGUAAUGCAAUCGUCGAGGAAGUGGACCUAGGACAGGAGGAUAUUGAUAGUCAGUUCAAGAAGACUGUCUACCGUGCGCUGACAGCCUUCGAGGAAGAGAUCGAGGUCGAGCGGAUGGACCCUGAGGAUGGGUACAAGUCUUUCCGUACCGGUCUAGUGGUGUCAUGGCUUCUGUCGAAUCUGAUCCUCAUCGUUGGUGUGACCAGUGAUGCGUUUGAGUCUGUUGGCGUACAGAAAGCUUCACAGAGCCGAACACCUUACUUCUUCCGAGCGCUCUUAUACUUUACUGCUGCCCUCUCUAUCGUCCGUUUUAUUGGUUUCCUCUGGUUCUUGACGAAGACGAGUCUCAUGUGCUGCUUUGCCACACGAUGA